AUGGAUUUUGUGGCUACGAGCCCAGAGGCCUAUUUUCAAGGCCGCAUCGAUCAUUCGCUGCACUGCGAUUUUCUUUCCGAUCACUUCACUCAAGGUUUUUUGUCGUCCCGUAACGCCAUUGACCUGAAACGGAAUUAUGUGGUGGUCGUCCCGGCCAACUCUGUCACCAGCCUGGGAUUAGGCUCCUGGCACGACGGUGGACUGGCCGAUACGGGUUUCCAUCAUUACGACCGACCGACCGAGCUGGCUGACGAUGGGCCAGUGUCGGUGCGACUGGCCAAAGCGAACGGCCUCCUCUUCAUCGCGGUCGAGUUUCCCGGGCCAGGUCGAGGACUCAAUCCUCUUCAGGACGAGUCCAUCAUCACCGCUUAUGGGCCUCCAUCUGUGGUGAAGCUGUUGAAAAGGUUGUGGGAGACCUACGACUCCCUCAGUCUCCUGCUGUGGCUCUAUCCUGCAGAGCUGGCAGAUGAAAUUCCGCCGGGUUCAUUAUUGGAUUCUUGGUCACGUCAAUUGGGCGCCAUCCAUGGUGCCUUGACAACGUCUAUGAUGGGUACAGCCUCCGACUAUCUCGGCCAGCGUGUCACAGAAGUGGCCAAGGGCGACGAGUACGCCCAUGACGAAAGCAUUGACGAGAUGUACGAAAUUAUUGGGCUCCAUUGCAAAACCGACGUGUUCCUGCAAGCCCUACAGAGUGAACAAGUUGUCGAGAACAAACUCAGGAUCUGGAUCACAUACCGCGACGAGCUGUCCUUCCUACGCGACAAAAUGAACAGACGUAUGCAUCUCAUGAAAACGAGACUGGAUAUGGCUUAG